AACAACUGUUGCCAGCACAGUCCAAGAACAGCAACCAUCAAACCUUGGUGAAAUCCCACUUGAAAAACUUGAUGUCAACUGGAAAGACCCUGUUGGUAUGGGAUCUUUUGGUAAAGUCUUCCGUGGCAAUUGGUUGUGCACAGAUGUUGCUGUCAAACAGAUACGACGAGGUGCAAGCGUAAGCGAGUCUAUUCAGAGAGAA